AUGGCUCAAGACAAUCUACCAGAUGUGUUCACGAUAGCGGAGCUUGAAGAGGCAGGGUCAGCCAAGCUUCCCAAGCAAGUCAGAGAGUAUUUCAAUGAGGGCGCCGGCGAUCUAAUCACGGUCCGCGAUAAUUCGCUUGCCUUUGACAAGUUCAAGAUCCGACCACGCAUUCUGACAGAUGUCGCCAACGUCGAUACUUCGACAGUCUUUUGCGGCACCAAGGUGUCAUUGCCAUUCGGAUUCUCGCCUGCUGCAAUGCACUGUUUAGCUCACCCAGACGGGGAAAAAGCAACGUCGCGGGCAGCUGCUGCUUUCAAUAUCCCAAUGGGAUUAUCCACUUAUUCCACUGUGUCGCUGGAAGAUGUUAUCUCGGAGCGAGGGAAUUCAAACAACCCGUAUGCAUUUCAGCUGAGUAUUUUCAAGGAUCGCAGCAUGACAUUGAAUUGGAUAAAACGAGCAGAGAAAGCUGGCUAUAAAGCACUUUUUAUCACAGUCGAUGCACCGGUAUUAGGAAACCGCGUGGGCGAGAAGAGGAAUCAUUUUAAGCUUCCCGACCAUCUAUCGCUCGCCAAUUUACCCGCGGGGGCCAACAGCUCACACCAUCACCCUGGCCGGGAUGCGAGCAACUCAUGGGCAAGUUGUAUUCCUUGGGUAAAAGAAAACACGAAGUUAGAGAUCUGGCUGAAAGGAAUAUAUUCACCCGAAGAUGUCCUUCGAGCCAUCCAAUAUGGGCUCAAUGGGGUAAUCAUUUCGAACCAUGGAGGAAGACAACUAGAUGGAGUCCCCGCAACGAUCGAUGCUCUGGGUGAAUGUGCACCAAUCGCAAGCGGCCGCCUCAAGAUCGCGAUAGAUGGAGGAAUCCGCCGCGGAACUGACAUAUUUCGUGCUCUGGCCUUGGGCGCGGAUUUUUGCUUCAUGGGACGCGUUCCUCUCUGGGGAUUGGCUUAUAAUGGGCAUAAAGGCGUUGAGCGUGCAGUGCAGAUACUUGAAGAAGAGCUGAGGAGCACAAUGGCACUUGCAGGGUAG